UUCAUCGUUUUGUCCGUUUUCCAAUUUCCUCGUCACACUUGGCAUCCUUCCCCGCACUCUUUCUCUUGCUUUGUUACACCAACUGGACCACUGUACUUACUUGUCCCGUCAAUCAAUUCAUCCUCCAUCCCCAGUCUCUUGUUACAGAAACACACACUACACACAAUAACAGACACACAAAAGAACCUGAAUGGCUACAUUGCGAGUUCCUGCAUCUGUACCUCCUGCAGAUGAGGAUUGUGAGCAGCUUAGGAAAGCUUUUGCAGGAUGGGGAACAAACGAGGACCUAAUUAUCCAGAUCCUGGCUCACCGAAAUGCAGCACAGCGUAAGUUGAUUCGGGAAGUAUAUGCUGCAACUUAUGGAGACGAUCUUCUGAAAGAUUUGGAUGCUGAACUUUCUAGUGACUUUCAGCGUGCAGUACUGCUAUGGACACUUGAUCCAGCUGAGCGUGAUGCGCUCUUGGCUUAUGAAGCUACAAAGAGGUUGACUGCUAGUAAUUGGGUUAUCAUGGAAAUUGCUUGUACCAGAUCUUCACAAGAUCUCUUCAAGGCGAGGCAGGCCUAUCAUGCUCGUUACAAGAGAUCCAUUGAGGAAGAUGUUGCAUAUCAUACAGCUGGGGACUUCCGUAAGCUUUUGGUCCCCCUAGUGACUGCAUUCAGAUAUGAAGGAGAUGACGUCAACAUGACUUUAGCAAAAUCAGAAGCUAAGCUACUUCACGAGAAGAUAUCUGAAAAGGCUUACAAUAAUGAGGAGAUUAUCAGGAUUUUGACUACAAGGAGCAAGGCACAGCUCAAUGCAACUCUCAACCAGUAUAACAAUGAGUUUGGGAAUGCUAUCAACAAGAAUCUGAAAGAUGAUCCUAAAGAUGAGUACCUCAAAUUACUUAGAGCGACAAUAAAGUGCCUGACGAGUUCCGAGAGAUACUUUGAGAAGGUUCUUAGAUUGGCUAUCAACAGAGUGGGUACUGAUGAAUGGGCUCUCACUCGUGUUGUGACUACUCGAGCUGAGGUUGACUUGCAGCAUGUCAAAGAAGAGUAUCAUAAAAGGAACAGUGUCCCCCUGGACCGUGCAAUUGCUGGAGACACUUCUGGAGACUAUGAGAAAAUGCUUCUGGCUUUAACAGGGCAUGGAGAUCUUUGAGUAGCUCCUUGUUCUGCACUUUAAGAGCUUUUUAUGUACGAAAUACAGUCAGUAAUAAGUGUUUAAAGUUCCAUGACUUUGAAACAUGAACUUCUGCUGGUUUGGUCAGUUAAUGGCCAGAGAAACUGUGUGCUGUUAUCUAUGAUUGGUUCAGAGUGUCCUUCAGAAUUCUCUCUCUGGCUUGCACUUUCUGGUUAAAAAUCAAGCAACAUUUAUUACGCAUUACCUUAAAAAA